CCCAAUUGGAGAUAGGUUGAAGUGUUUGAAGAUAGAAUUCUGGGUUUUAUCCAAAAAAUUUCUUUGAUCUUCUUCUUUCUGUUCUCUCUAUCCUCCCCCUCUCGAUGGCAUCCUCUUUAUCCACUUUCCAUCAUCGCAGCUCUUCCAUUUGUCUAAGAAACAUAGAUAAUGCCAAGCUUUCCUCUUCUCUUUGUCCUUCACCCUUCAACUUGUCGUCAAACCCCAGCAUUUCUCUCCAAUUCCUCAACAGAAAACAAAACCCCCUCCUCUCUUCAACUCCAAGAUUCUUAUCGGUCAUUGCCAUGGCUCCUCCUAAACCCGGUGGAAAAGCCAAGAAAGUGGUUGGAGUGGUAAAGUUGGCUCUGGAGGCAGGUAAGGCGACACCGGCGCCGCCAGUUGGACCAGCACUUGGAGCAAAGGGUGUGAAUAUUAUGGCCUUUUGUAAGGAUUACAAUGCUAGAACUGCUGAUAAAGCUGGUUACGUUAUCCCUGUCGAAAUUACUGUCUUCGAUGAUAGAAGCUUCACCUUCAUUCUAAAGACGCCUCCUGCUUCUGUUCUGUUACUUAAGGCAGCAGGAGUGGAGAAAGGUUCUAAAGACCCGAAACAAGAGAAAGUGGGGAAGGUCACCAUUGACCAAGUACGUGCAAUUGCAACUGAAAAACUACCUGACCUGAAUUGUACGACCAUUGAAUCAGCUAUGAGAAUUAUAGCCGGGACAGCUGCUAACAUGGGAAUCGAUAUCGACCCACCUGUUCUUGAACCAAAAAAGAAGGAACUGUUAUAGUUGCGUACUUUGUCUUCUGUACCAAUAUUUACUAGGACUAUGUUGUUCCAUCUCACUCUACCUAUUUUUAGAAAUUCAUUUUGAAAACCCUGUUGUUUAAUAUUUAUACAUUCAAUUUUGAUCCGCUUGGGUACACAAGUUUAGUGACUUAUUGAUAAAUCUCUUCCAUAACUUG